UGCACAUAACAGUAGCCUGCCACAUUUCUCACCGGCAAUGUUAGUCAGUUAGAUUGAUUAGUUCGAUUAUUGAUCUGUAGUGAUUAGCUUAGUAUGAUAGUAAGCUUACUGUGAAAAAUGUCAAAUCGAUAUUUGCUGUUUCUUCUUUAUUUUCUGGCUAACGUUAAUUAUUGAAAGGGUCUAACCCAAUGACACGGGAUCUGUUGAUGACCGGUUCUUAUGCAGCCAGGCUGAAGUGUCUAGCCAACUGUCAACCUGACUCGUUAGAGAAAUUGAUAAUGACGCUAGUAACAUUAACAUCAACCGGUCACUAAACAGAUAUUUAUUUGACAAAGUUUUUGAUGCUGUUUGUCUAUGUGUUUGAGAAAACAAAACGCUGUUUCCAAUAAUUUUAUCCGUGAGGGAGACACAAGCUUUUGUAAGGGAGGACAUGUUUAACACUUAUUGGCGGGUAACUGUGAACGUUAGCUAGGGUUCGAGAGUUCUCAAGCUACCUCUAUUUCUUUCUUGUCAAACUGCCUUUCAUGGGGGACUUGGCAUUAAUUCGAAGCAUGCAGCUUUCAGGGUUUCCGCGAGCCAUGUUAACGUUAGCCAUGAACGUGGUAGUGUCCCUGGUGUAAUAAUACCGUUUCAUUCUCCGUUUAGGAUGGUGCUGAUGUUGCCUGUGUGUUUAAAGGGACUGAUGGUUACACCUAGUUUUGCUGGUAGGACUCCUCCUAGUUUUCUGUCAAAAGGCAUCUGUGUAAACGGCCAGAUUGCACAGCCUACACGAGCAGUAGCCCACCAAGUAGAGUGUGGUCUUUUGCAUUGCAUGUCAUCGAGUUUUUUUGUGUGGUAAAUCAAGUAUUACAUUUUGUAUGUGACCAAAAUUUGGAUUAAUUACCAAGAAUAACGUACUCUGACUGAGAGAAGCUGACCAUGGAUCAACAGCAGGAUGGCAACUCACUGCCCUAUGGCGCCGGGGAGAUGGCAGCCACCAACGUGACCUCUGACAAGCAGGAGCUGAAGAACGGAAUGCCCUCUGUGCCCACCGGACCAGGGGACGGGCCUGCCAAAGAGGAGACACAGGUAACGCUGCCCGAAGAGAAACCACAGGAGCCUGUGAAGGAGCUCUCUGGCUCCGAGAGCGCCCCCUCUGGUGACGCAGUGCCAAGUGCCAUGGGAGGUGCUCCAGUUCCAGGUAAAGACGGGAUCACCAUAUCCAGAGCAGACCUCAGUCCGGAGGAUCUUCCAGCAUGGGCCACUACCAACACCACCACCACACGCCUGCUUGAUGGAGCCUCCAAAGGCUUCGAUGGAGAGCUUAGGCCUGGAUCGGUGAGCCCUCGUCGGUCACCAACUUCCCCAGCAGCCCUGGAUCUGGCUGGGAAGGAUGCAUCAUCGCCAAUUUCGCCUGGAGCGUUUGGGAGGGAAGAAUUUGACAGCCUGGUGAAGAGGAGCACGUCAGAUAAGUUCUCUGACCUACGUAGUCCGAGUGCCUCCGAAGACGAGGAGGAGGUAAUGGAGAUAGGGAAGGCUGAGAAAGAACGAGAAAAGGACCACGAGGAGAAGGAGGAAGAUGAAGAGGAAGAUGAACAAGAGAGGAAUCAUGUGAGGUCUGUUGCUCACGAGGAAGAGUCAGGGACUGGCCUCAGCCCCAGUAAACCACAGGACCCAGCCCACAUGGAGGCCCAAGAUGGGGAUGAGGAAGAGGAAGAGGAGAGAGCAGACUUACACAUGGGACAAAACAACAGUUGGACCAACCUGACGGCUGAGAAAGAUCAAACCUUUUCUGACAAUGCCGAGUACCUCUCAUCCAAGCCAGAGGCCACCUCUGGGGAGACCAAACAGCAAGUUCUGUCCAAGCCCAAGGCCACCUCUGAGGAGACAAAACAGCGGGUUCUGUCCUUUGACUACACCGAACCUCAGGCACCUAGACCUUACGGGCUUCCUCCAGGGUGGCAGAACAGCGACGACAAGACCCCACCAGAGAGCAAGAGCCCUGACUCCUGUCGAGCAGACCCUGGAUCGCCCUUCUCGCCCAGCGCUGCCACAGACCAAACCCAGGAGGACCGGUCACCCCUCACCGAGCAGCAGCCAGAGGGGCAGGGGCAGGACGAGGACGAAGAGGAGGAAGAGGAGGAAAAGCCAUGUGAGAAGGAGGAUGAACUAGAAAAAGAACAGGAAGAGGAGCAGAAGGAAGAUGAACUAGAAGAACAGGAAGAGAAGCAGAAGGAAGAUGAAGUCGGUCCUGCUGCCUGGGAAGCCCAUUUGGCUUCCAAGAGGCAGGAGGAGGAACUUCCUGUGCAGGAGAAAGCAGAACCACAGGUCCCCGGAAAGCACCAGGAGGCCUCGGAUGAGGAUUUAAUAACUAAGGUGGAGGCUUCACAAACUGUUUCUGCAGCAGUGCCUGUUGCCGCAGCAGCCGUUGCCGCAGCAGCAGCUGUUGCCGCAGAGGCUGUUGCCACAGGACCUGUGCACACAAAAGAACCUAUAGCGAAGAAAGAACCUGUGGCCAAGAAAGAACCUGUGGCCAAGAAAGAACCUGUGGCCAAGAAAGAGCCUGUUGCCAAGAAAGAGCCUGUUGCCAAGAAAGAGCCUGUUGCCAAAGUCAAGCCAACAGCAGUAGCUUCCAAAGCUCCCAGUAAACCUCAACCUGCAUCCAAAGCUGCUUCCAAACCGCCUCCUUCAGGGGGGAAAGCCCCGGUCAAGACGGCUCCAGCAAAGAAACCUCCCACAUCGACCCCCUCUACGACUGCCCCCAAGGCAGCCCCCAAAACUCAGAAAGCCCCCCCAAAAGAUGCCACACCUGGCAGAAAGCCAAUGGCUCCUGCAGCCCAGGGCAAAGCCGCAGCCGCAAAGAAUGGAGCUGAUAAGAAGACACCCCAAAAAAGCACGCCUUCCAAAACCAGACCCUCCUCAGUCCCCAAACGGACACCUGUAGCCUCAGCCUCCCCCUCAAAAAAGCCUUCCUCCUCCUCUUCCUCUCCCCUGUACUCUGGUAACAGGCCCAGUUCAGUGGGUCAGACCUCCAGCACCCCAACGAGAGGCCAGCCCAGGCCCCGGGUUGGCAGGAUGGCAGGAGGGGACAAACCGCAGGGUGCCGCCACCAGAAUACCCGCCGUGUCAAGAGUGGAUCACCGGAAACCAGGAGCUCCCCUGUUGGAGAGAGCUGACUCAUCCAAGACCCCCGAUCGCAGUGGCUACAGCAGCCCAGCUACGCCCAAAUCCCCAUCCAGCCGCUCCAGCACUCCGGGGCACCAGGUGAAGAUGGUGGCUGUGGUCCGCACCCCUCCCAAAUCCCCAGGGUCCCGCCGCACUCCCAUCGUCCCUGUUGCGCCUAUGCCUGACCUGAAGAACAUCAAGUCCAAGAUCGGCUCCACGGAGAACAUCAAGUACCAACCCGGUGGAGGCAAGGUGAAAAUAGAGGAAAAGAAGAUGGACCUGAGCAGCGUUCAGGCGAAGUGUGGCUCCAAAGACAACAUGAAAUACACCCCAGGCGGAGGCAAUGUGCAAAUAGUUCACAAGAAGGUGGAUUUUUCUAGUGUUAAGUCUAGGUGUGGCUCCAAAGACAAUAUGCAGCAUCUUCCUGGCGGUGGUAAUAUCCAGAUCGUGCACAAAAAGAUCGACCUGAGCAACGUGCAGUCCAAGUGUGGCUCCAAGGCCAACAUCCACCACAAGCCAGGUGGUGGCAGAGUGGAGAUCAAGUCUGAGAAACUGGAGUUCAAGGGCCAGUCCAAGGUCGGUUCCCUUGAGAACAUCGGACACACGCCAGGAGGUGGCGGGAGGAAGAUUGAAUCCCACAAACUGAGCUUCCGUGAUUCGGCGAAAGCACGAACCGACCAUGGAGCGGACAUUGUAUGCAAGUCGGCUGACCUCUCCAUGGACGGCUCACCCCGUCGCCUCAGCAACGUCUCUUCCUCCGGUAGCAUCAACAUGACGGACCCGCAGCUGUCCACACUAGCGGAGCAGGUGUCCGCCUCCCUUGCCAAACAAGGCCUGUGAUUUCUUCAUACAGAGCGGAUGCGACGGAGGGGGCACGCAAUUUUCAGAAGAAAGAUAGAGAUAAUGCAACUACAUCUCCCCUUCCGUCCUGCAAAAAUAAAUUACCCCCCAAACAGGGCAGCCUGUCUGUGAGAUCAGUCCGUUAUGAUAAGAAUUAGUUUUCUGGGAAAUGACUGAUAGGCCUACUUUUUUGAACGAAGUGUCAUUAUUAAAACUGUCCUUGUUAGUACAAAUGAUAAAAACCUAGCAACCCUCGAUUAAACAAAACCGCGUCUCUUCCACUACUGUUUAUAUUCGUUGCCUUAUUGUGAAUGUUUUAGUAGCUUAAUAAUGUCAUGUUUCCACUUUUAAUGUCGACUGGACAGAUCACAGCGGGUUUUCGAUUUGUUAAAAUAAAAUUAAGCCGCUGACGAAAUGAGUUUUUUUUUUCCAGACUGACAAACAGUCCAGAUUAGGAGAUCUGUUGACGUAUAUUGUGGUUCCUGGAGGUUAGCUGUCAUUAGGCUACAUGGAAAGAGGGCGAAAAUAUUUAAUUGUUUUCUCAGUUUUAAGACAGGGUCAAGUGCCAAAUUUCAUCUUUGGUCCAUCAACAUAUGAUAACACACGCACAUACCAAGAAGAAACGGUAGAGAUGGGUUAGUGAAGUUUGACAGCAUUCCUAUUUAAAUGCCUGAAAUCCAUAUCAUAUUAAAAUAACGUUCUCGGUUUUCCCAGUUGCAACAAAAGGGAUGUUUAUUGCCCAGUAAAAAUAGCUAGCAGUUUCGCUGGUCUUCAGAAAUUUAGAGUGCAAAAAAUAUUUUUAAGUAGUGUACAUUAUUUUCCAAAGUAUGCUUCAGAAAAUGCAUCUUUGGGUCUUAAAGAGCACCGCUAUGUAUGGCUGUUUAACACAUAAACUUGCUGCCUCUUGAGGUGGUUAAUUGGUGACUCACGGUCAGUGAAUUAUGAAUAAAAUAAACACGAGUUUCAUCUAUGCUUUGACUAUCCUGCAAAAUAACAUGUUUAAAAAGGAUACAAAUUGAGCUUGUACGGCUUGGCACCUUAGCAUCGCAAUGACAAAGUAAUUGGAAUUUAGAAUGAGUAACGCCUUCAAGUAUUUCCUGCAGCUCACGCUUUACCAAAAGGACAUUAACUGAGAAAUUUGGGCACCCUAAGUGUUGGCACCUGUAUGCGAGGCGUUUGUCUCAAAAGCAAUGUAUGGUAUAAAAAGUGCCUGCCCGACGUUGUUAUGCCAUCAACAUUACUUCUCCGUAUUGCAGAUGUAAACCUAUGUAAAUAUACACGUGUGCGUAAAUAAGACUUGAAUGAAACAGCUGAAUGAAAAAGCUGUCACAAUUCGGGAUGACUGAGACAUUGAGGUGUUAUAGUAAAAAAAAAAAAAAUUGAAAGACAUCUUUUUUGGCAUGAAAGUCAUUUACAUUGCAUUAACUCUGUCAGUAUCCACACACAGCUUCUCCCAGCAUGACGUAAAUGAGAUUUUAGAAGAAUGGCCAACGUCAGGUUGCGACCGCCUUGAACCCCUGUACCACACCUUUCUAGACAUAUUUCCCAACUUCAUUUCAAGAAGUGAAUAAACAUAAAAGUAUGAAAAAAUCUAAACACCUUACGCGAAUCUAAGCUUGUGUUGCGCACUUUCCCUCUUACUAGUAGUCUGUGGAUGUGACAUGUAACUGCUAUUCAAGAAAAGAUUGCAUCGAUUGUUGGCAAAUCUUCCUAUUAUUUAUUUUGUAGUUAGGCUUCUUUUCCUUAAAAAAAUCCUUAACGCACCUAUAGUCUGUACACUGUUUUUCUCACACACUGGUACACGUUUGAGAUGGAUUUGAUUUAACUUCCGAACCACAAAAAGAGCGUCUGAACUGUAGUGAGAAAAUACACAAAUACGCGAGGCUUCAUGGAGCGCAAUUUAUAAGUCAGAAGUCGCCUGUUAUUGUGUAUAGGCCUCCUGAAGAACUGACAAUUACCCAUACCCUGUCAGAGUGAGUGUUUAGUUGUUCUAGUUUAAACCAAAUUCAGUCACCCUACCGUGCGCAACGAAGCGCUAUUCACUCUCCAGUAUCCCUUUCAGUAUAUGGUGUAGUCUCCGCUAAACAUUGCGCACAUGGAUUUGGAGUGCGGCCACGGCUGGACUAAAUAAUCCAAAAGAGGAACAAUAAUCGAUAUGAUUGAGAGUACAGUUCUGGAAGGGUAUUCUAAGUGAGGCAAUGCGUGGCAUACACACAAAGAACAAAGUGUUGUAGGCUACACAACAUUAGUGUGAUGCGCCAGAUGCGUGUUAACACAGGACAGUAUUAAGUGAGCGGCUCUCUAGAACCGUGUGGUCGUGCGGAUAGAUGAGAUGUGGAGAGCUGGUUCCUUUAGUCCAAGCUAAGUGACUUUUCCUGACGGUAUGUGCGCAAACUCCUACUGUGUCCAAGUGUGGUCAUUUUUCCUUGCGUCCCUCGUUUCUGCCUUUAUCAUUGCAGUCACCAUUGCAGUUAUAGCCUACCUUCUAGCUUGACAGUCGUGAUUGUCUUUAUCGUACUGUGCGUUUUAUUAUUAUGAAUUGGUUUACACUGAUACUUGUUGCUGUAAACGUGAAUUUGAAAAUAAAAGUCGGUAUUCAACAGC